AUGAAGCAGGUGCUGCUCGAGAGGAGCCAUCUCUUCGAGGUGCAGCUGGACUCCAAAUUUCAGCCUCAUGUGCGCUUGAUUUCGAGCGGUGUGGACCUUUCUGCCUGGUCCCACCUCUCGGCGGUGUGCGCCGCUUCUGCGGCCAUCGCCGGGCUGGCAAACCGCGCAGCUGAAAGCCCGCCGGCGCCACUGACGACACUGCCCGUGGAGGCGCCUGAGACAGCUGCCCUUGGUCCUGAGCUACUCUCCGCGCUGGAAAUGCACCUAACACGCCGGAAUGGGCACGAACGCUAUUCGGUGCUGCGCUCAAAGUUUGGAGUGAAGCAAGCUCAGCUACGGCCAUAUUUUCAGGUCCUUCCGGCAGGCCACGAUGCCGUGGUGGCGCUUUGCCACGAGCCGGGUGGUGCCAUGCCCAAGGUGCCAGGGCCGAUGAAUAGCAGCGUCCAAGAGGCCGUGGAAGGCUUGACCUUGUCCGGCGUGCCCAGCGAGACAGCGAGACAUCCGGACCCACGGAACGACGCGGGACGCCGCGCAAUGGCCUUUUGCAUGGAUCGUGCGGAGAGCCAUGCUGCUUUGCUCUCGAGGCUGGUGAAAACCUAUCAAUGGGUCUCUGAAGCGGAGGCAGCGAAGGCAAAGGCGAAGUUCUCGCCGGUGAAGCGGCAGAAGCUGGUGGUGGCAGUCCUGAAGAUUGUGGAGCAUCCCAGCUUCGCUGAGAUGCGGCACGGCCAACCAUGCUUCCGAUUGGAUCGCACCAACUUAUUCUACCUGGUCAACGACGUCCUGCACAAUGCUGCAUCGGAGAAACCAGGAGCCCAGCAGUUCCGCGAGAGUUUCCAGGAGCGGAAGACUGGCCGUUCUGCGGCCGCAGUCCGCGUGGUGUGGUGCGCCACACGCGCGGACCUGCUGCCUGAGGCCUGCGAAGGCUUUGGCCGUCAGUGGCUGAGGCGAUUGGAGUUGCCCUUGAGGGAGCCCAUGGAGCGACGCGUGCGGAGUGUGCCUGUGACCUUGGCCAACCGCGCAGCCUUGGCCGCUGAGCUGCACCGCAGCGUCGGGGCUUCGGUGGUGCUCAGCGGCGCCGAUGUGAGCCGCGUGGGGCUCUCGGAAGCGCAGGCGAUGAAGAAGAUCCUGAGUUCGGAACCACAUUGCAUUCCACCUGAUGUUUUGCUAUUGGAUGAGCUGGCAUGCAAUACCAUAGAGAAUGCGCGAAAUACCCUGGCCAUCAUCCGAAAGCACGUGCCGACCGUUGCGACUGCGGACAUCAAGGUCUACUUGGUAACGUCUGACUUCCACUGCCCACGUUCGGAGUUUAUUUUCAGGAAUGUCUUCGAAGCGGAGGGCGCUGGCGAUCUGCAACUGGAGUCGUGCCCAGCCUUCAGCGCGCUCACGGAUGACAUCUCUGAGAGUCCGGAUAAAGAGAUGCUCAGUGAUUUCAAGCUUCACAAGAAGAUGAAGGACAUCAAUGAAUGGGGUAUCUUUACUCGGCUUUGCCACGAGCAGGCCUUGAUGACCAACAAAAUGAGGCCGUGGCUUCGUGAGUAUGGUGUGGAAAAACAAGAUCCCAGACAUUUUGACCGGGCCAUGGAACAGCUUGCCGAUCAGUUAGACCAAGCACGCAAAGGUGAAUAUCUCAAAUCCGGUCGAAGCUGA